UGGCACCUGCCUUGGGGAGGGAACAGACUUCCCCGCCAUAGCUGAGAGGUGCGGGGGUCAGUUCCUGCUGGAUGUUUUGCGAUGCUGCCAACCACUCGGAAGCGCCAAUUUUCUCUACGAGCCGUGACGAUGUUCAGUGCAUGAAAGAGAGCUUUCGAUUGGUGUCUUCGUUUUUGUAGGUUUUUCGGGAGUGUGCGGUGGUAGAGCGAGUGGUAUCUCGUUUUUAAUUUGGCAGGUCUGAAAAUCAUGUGUGCAUGACAGUCGCUCUGGUUGCGGUUGAGGUGUUUGUGUUGGCCGAAAAAAGAGGUGCGGAGUGGUGGUGGCGGUGUAUUAGGGUGUGAUUUCAUGGAGAGAAGGUUUAAGGAUUUGAUGCAGGAGUUGAAGAGUCCAGAAGAGGACAGAGGUUUGGAAGGGCAUAUGUGUCGGACAGGGGGUGACAUGUAUUUUUGACGCUCAGUGGGGGGAGAAAAAGAAGGAGAGGACGAGGAAGAGAGUGUUGCACAUUGGUUUUGGCGAUGGCGAAGUCCAAAGCUGCUAAGAAAUCUCUGGACUCGUAUACUGUGAAAGGCACAAACAAAAUCGUGAAAGUGGGAGAUACCGUCUUAAUGCGUGGGCAAGAUCCUGAGAAACCAUCUUAUGUUGCGAGGAUAGAGAAAAUCGAAGCUGACGGUAGAAGUAACAGCAACGUGAAGGUGCGUUGCCGGUGGUAUUAUCGUCCCGAAGAGUCAAUGGGAGGCAGGAGACAAUUCCAUGGAACAAAAGAGCUCUUUCUUUCCGAUCACUAUGACAUACAAAGUGCAGACACCAUAGAGGGAAAAUGUACAGUGCACACAUUUAAAAAUUACACAAAGCUGGAAAGCGUUGGUGCAGAGGACUAUUUCUGCCGCUUCGAGUACAAAGCAUCUACUGGUGGUUUCACUCCUGACCGUGUUGCCGUUUAUUGCAAGUGUGAAAUGCCAUACAAUCCUGACGACUUGAUGGUUCAAUGUGAAAUCUGCAAAGACUGGUUCCACCCAUCUUGCAUGAGUAUGACACCGGAUCAGGUGAAAAAGAUGGAAAAGUUCUUCUGCCCCGAUUGUCUCUCGCAACCUGGAGAGAAGAAGUUGCGGCUAUCAUCUCCCAGAAGCUCACCUGCUCCCGACCAUGGCAAGGUACGCAGAAUACACAGUUCCUAUUUAGUGGAUGCAUUUGUUGUUAUUGGGGUUAGCCUAUGGCUCAAGUUUGUUGUGUAGUGUAGUUGGCUGAAAGUUUGUGCGAGUUGCAACUGCUCUAGCGAAAUCACAUGCUCCUCCACGUAUCAUAAUUCUUUGGGAAGCUGAAUUGUUAGUUGAUUACUAUGCUGUAGACUAGGAUAUGUUAAGCAUUUGUAUGUUUGAUUUAGUCUAACAGUCAAUAGGAAUGAUUUUGAAGCUGCCUGAUCACUUCGAUUUGAUUCUUUGGUGUUGAAGUAGGAAUAUUGUUUCUCCUUUAACUUGCUCUCUAUGUAUUGAUCAUACCCUCAUGACCUGAAUCUCUUACAACUUCAAAUGUAGCCUGAUGCAAAGCGACGGAAGAGGUGACUGAAAGGCAUAUCGUUAAAGAAUCUGGGGUUUUCCAUAUUGCUGCUGCACUGUUUGUGUACAAGAUAUAUAUGUGGAGGAGAUGAUAUGACACUCAAGCUAGGUCUUGGAAAAAAGAAUUGUGUAGAGCAGCAAAGUAUGCAGUAGGCAUUUGACUUAAGCACCUAGUGGUGAGGGUUAUUUAUUGCACAACCUUGCAAAAAGUUGUGGCAGGGGUCUUGCUGCUUGCAACUUUUUUUCUUUUCUCCUUUCUGCUUGUAACCUUUUUUUUUUUUUUUUUUUUUUUUUUUCUUUCUUUCUUUUCUGUCAUUACUCCCAUGUGGUUUAACUUGUAGUUCGUCUAUUCCCCUCUCUAGAUUCUUAAUUAGGCUCCAUGAACUCCUUGUGGGCAUAUCUCUAAAUUUAAAUAGAGGUCAAAUUGACUGUUGAAGUACAGGUCAGUCUUGGGCCCUAAGUUCCUAGUUAACCCACUUAGGGGUUGUAAUGCGCACCGAGUUUUAAUGUGUAAGUAGAUAGAGGGAUAUUUCCUUACCCCUUCAGGAUUCACGUGAUUAUCAGAUUGAUACAUCCCCUUUGCUGGGAACUGCUCCGGCCUGUAAAUCCAUGAAUCACAAACCCAUUUAGUGGAUGUAUCACGAAUUUGAUUCACUAGUAAGGCUAUAUUCACUAGAAGUUUCAAAGCA